UUUACUUUAUUAGCGCUGCAGGUUGAUUCAUUCGUCAUUAUUGGUUUGUACUUAGUACUGUCGAAACUAUCCCAGUUGCAUUUGUGCAAAGCAAAAUUCUGCAUUUCAUAUUGAGUGCAUCCUUGGUAGUAUUGUGAUUUUAUAUCGUACUUAAUUUUGAAAGUCAGUUUUCUAAGUAAAAUUUUUACUAACAUUUAAAAUUGAUUAAUUUUUGGUGCUCGACUACCUGAAUACCUAUCAUGUCCUACUUGGCCAACAAGAAGAAUCCUGCCGACAACAAGGAGAUGGUGGAGUUGGCAGCCAGGAUCUGCAGAGAUUAUCUCCACGAUUCCUGGAAGGAUGUGACCCCUGAAAACAUCGUCUUCAAGCAUAUUAGCGGAGGUCUAUCGAACCUUUUAUAUUACAUAUCAUUACCGCAAGAUUUAAUUGAGAAAGAGCAAAAUCAUCUGUGUCCAAAAGAAGUACUUAUUCGUUUCUAUGGUCAAACUCACGGAGAGAGGGCGCUUGAGGCUCUCAUUACCGAAAGUGUUAUAUUCACUCUUUUGUCAGAACGAGGAUUGGGACCAAAACUUCAUGGAAUAUUCCCAGGUGGAAGAAUUGAGGAGUACAUCAAAGCAAGACCUCUGAAGCUUAGAGAAUUAGCUGACGAUACGUUAUCGGUCCUUAUUGCAAAGAAAAUUGCUGCGAUUCAUUGCAUGGAGGUGCCUUUACAUAAAGCCGCUACCUGGCUCUGGGACACCAUAGAUAAAUGGAUAAAAACUGUGGAAGUGAAACAGAAAGGUAACGUACCCCCUCAAGUCGAACGUCUUGCCAAAUUCGAUUUUAAGGAAGAAGCUGCUUGGCUUAAACAAAGGAUCGAAGCUGAAAAUAGUCCAGUCGUUUUCUGCCACAAUGACAUGCAAGAAGGAAACAUAUUAGUAGCAGAAAACGGCGAGUGUGAUCAAAAUGGAAACCCUAAUAUUGUUAUAAUUGAUUUCGAGUAUUGUUCUUAUAACUAUAGGGCAUUCGACAUUGCAAACCACUUUGCCGAAUGGCUAUACGAUUAUACAUUCAAAGAACCUCCAUAUUUCGAGGAAUGCCCAGACAAUUAUCCUUCUGAAGCACAAAGACUGCGCUUUAUUAAAACGUACUUGAACGAAGUGGGAUCGAAAGAAAAUCCCAAAAAGGUUCUAAAGGAAGUUGAAGUUUUUACUCUUGCCUCACAUUUCUUUUGGUCACUUUGGGGAAUCGUCAACACCGAUUCUCAAAUUACUUUUGGAUAUUGGGAUUAUGCUGCAGCUCGACUUGAUGGUUACUUACGAGCAAAGAGUGAACUGCCACCUCUAAAAGCAGUAAAAAGAAAAGCCGAAGAUUAAGCUUCGACGUCAACUCCAAUACCCUUUGGAAAAUCCCCUUUUUAUUUCAAAAAUACGGCAGCGUUCACGGACAGGAAACGAUGGUUGGUUCUGAAUUGAUACUCUGACGAGUGAAAAAAAUCUGACGACCUGGGAAAUUAUUACCAAUUCUGCGAGAGAACGCAAAAUUAAUGCAUUGGGUUUAUGAGAGCCCUUAAUGCCUUCCGCAUUAGCAAAAUACCUUUAACAAAACUGCCAGUUUAUACGUGUACUUAAAAUAAACAGGUGUUUAUAUUUUUAAAAGAAAAAGUAUAAUUUCAUGUACUAUUUAUAGUCAAGCACAUGUUUUACAUUUUGGACCGUCAGUAAAAUAGCUACUCGACCUAAUUAAUUUUUGUAUAAAAGUAAUAUCUAAUAGUUCCAGAUCGAGUUAACUCAUCGUCAGUUAAAAUAUCACAUUGAAGUGACUUUCAUGAUAGGAAUGGGCGUAAAUGUAAUAUGAGUUUCAA